AUGCCGAAGGACAAGCAAAAGGUUCCCAGUGUGUAUCUCCACACAGAAUCUAUUGCUCUUGACAAUCACGAUGAUGGCCUCAAAGCUUGCCCUUCCUGCGGGGGACGUUUCAAGCCUAUGGGCCUCCCCAGACACAAAGCAACAUGUAUAAAGCGGAUGGCAGAUUUGGCGCAAGACCUUCAAUUAGACAAGCAGCUUCGGAAAGAAAAAAAAGAAGCGAAAAAACUAGAGAAACAAUUUGCAGUGGGAUCUUCGUCAAAACAUGUAUGGGAAAACACCGACACCAAUUUUGACGUAGAAGAUAACUAUGGAUCAUCUCGUUUUCAUGAUGCACCCCCUGUCGGGCUGAACUUCAUGGGGGAAAGUCUUCAAAUAGAUGAUAUCAAAACUGAGUACCACCCUACACGUGGCCGCACUGCAAAAGUGGACCAUUUCUCUGAUUUCAAACGUGGAUUUUCUGCCAAAGCACGCAUCAAAAACUCAUGUCCGUGGCAGCCAUUCAAAUCUCGGGUCGACUUUGAAUUUGCGGAGGUCGCUCUUGAAGCAGCGUUAAAUAAAGACCAGAUAAAUAGAUUAGUCAAGGUCAUUCACCAGAGUUUACAAGACCCUGGCUCGUUCACUCUGAAAGAUCAAUCUGACCUUUACGAGACAUGGAAGAUUGCUUCUCAUGCCCUAACUCCGUUUGAAAAGACUGUAAUCAAUGUACCAUAUCAAGGCAAAGACCAUUCCUUUGAUGUUCAUUUUCGUUCGCUGUGGGAUUGGGCAUUGGACUUAUUAGGGAACCCGCACCUCUCAGAGCACUUUGUAUUUGAUGCCAAACGGCUUUCCAAAUUUAACGGUGACAAUUUUGUACAAUUCAUUGACGAACCAUGGACAGCUGGGGAUUUCUGGGAUAUUCAAUCAAGGCUUCCAGAUGGUGGAAAGCCUCUAUGUUUUAUUUUAUAUGCUGAUAAAACAAUUCUGUCUUCUUUCGGGACUGUAAAGGGCUAUCCCGUAAUUGCACGAUGUGCAAACUUGCCCACUGAUAUCCGAAAUGGUACAGGUGUCGGAGGUGGAAGAGUUGUAGGGUGGCUUCCGGUGGUGCCGGAAGAUGAGGAACAUAAGGGUAAAAAGAGUUUUGCUAACUUCAAGAAUGUCGUAUGGCAUGAAUCAUUUUUGAAAGUUGUUGAAUCUUUAGAACUUCACGCCAAGACUGGCUAUUAUUAUCAGCGCACUGAGGGUGAUGUUCUUUAUCUUUUCCCUAUUAUUUUGAUACUUUCUGCUGACUACGAGGAACAUGCUCAUUCAGAAUCUAUAUUACUAGAAGCGGAGCAGCAGCAAACAGCGGCAGACAAGGAAAUUGUCCUCAAAAACUGUGGACUUCGUCCUGUUAAGAAUGUCUUUUGGAGGUUCCGUUACUCUGAUGUGCAUCAAGCAUUAUCUUGGGACCGGCUACAUGCACAUAAUAGUGGCCUAUGGGGCCAUCAUCUCUGGAAGGAGUUUCUAUUCUGGAUAGAAGCAGAGGGCCGAGCAGCAUCCCAUCAGCUUGAUGAUCAGUUCAAUGGUAUGCCUCGUUGGCGAAAUCUGAACCAUUUUGACAGAGUGGCUAGCAUAGAAUUUUCGGAUGCAACAAAGCAUGAAGAUAUAUCCAAGAUGGUUAUCUUUGCUUCGCACAAUAUAUUUGAUGUUCGAUUACACAAGCCAGCACAUCUUCUUUUGAAGAGCAUUCACCUCUUCCUUGAUGUUGAUAUGUAUACAGGACUAACAGUUCACACGACAGAGACUAUUGCAGCUGGUAGACAAGCUUUGAAGCUAUUUUCACAAGCUAUGGAUGAAUAUUUAAAGGCGGCAGAUGGACUUAGAGACAAAAGUUGGAACUUUCCGAAGAUGCACAUGAAUAAACAUGCAUUUGAAGACAUCGAAGCAAAAGGCGUAACCCGGAACUACAAUACAAAACCAAACGAGCAGUUACAUGGCCCACUCAAGGAUUCUUAUCGAUUCCGAACAAACUUCAAACACGUUGCUGAACAGAUCCUUCAGGCUGACCAUUGGUGUCUGGUGUCAUGCUUUAUCCGCCAGGAUAUAGCAGCUUUUGAUAGCCAGUUAAUGGGUGAUCUUGAAGGGGAUGAAGUUGACUUGAAGAUCACCGAAACGAGUCAUGUGUCCCUAGGCUCAAAGUGUCCUGCAACAUCAUUUCAAGGCCUGGAAGAAGCACGCAAGGAUGAUACAGCAUUCACAAGCUUUCGUAUAAGGCUCUCAAAUUACCUUAACAUAUUUUUCAGCGCAAAUAAUAUAGCAUUCCCUGGUGGGAAACACAUCAAAUUGGGGGCUGAAGACAAGAUUACAGAAUAUUGUUUCAUGAAAGUUGACUAUGAAUCUAUAGUCGAUUGGCGACAAUAUACCAAUUACCUUCGAUGUAACCCUUGGUUUUACAAUCAUCCACGAUAUGAUUGUGUCCUACUGCAAACAGUGGACUCAAGGAUUUUCGCUCGCCUCAUCAUGCUAUUUAUUUGUACCAUUGAUCAGGUUGAUUAUCCGUUUGCGCUGGUUCAACCAUAUGAUGCUCCAGUAGGUCGGCGGCGACACAAAGACAAGGACCUUGGGCUCUGGCAAAUUCAGGCAAAGUCACGCUCAGAUGCUGGGUUCGUCCCUCUUCGUUCAAUAGUUCGUGGUGCAGCUAUGGCCCCAGACUACGAAGUUUCUGGCGACUUCUUUCUCAUUGACACAGUCAAUUCUGAUUGGUUCUUGCGCACAAAGAAGAUGUGGUCCGAAUUGCCAGCGAAGCAUACCUAA